GCACUAAAACCCUAAUAAAACCCACUUUGUUGUGUGUUUCAUUCAUUCGCAGCGGCCAUGGGUAAAAAGCUUCAAGAAAACGAGCCAGCUGCCCAGCAAGAAGAACAUCAUAAAAAGGAGAAGAAAAAGAAGAAUAAGUCAUCCGAACUAAAUCUGAAGAGAAAGCUUGAGGAAACAGAAUCACCGAAGAAGAAGAAGAAGAAGAAUAAGGAAACCCAUGAAGCCAAUAAUACAGAGAACCAAGAAGGCGAUGAUGCAGAGAAAAUUGUGGUGACCGGGAAGGAUGUGAAAGAAGCAAAAUAUGAGCCUUUAAAGUCGUUUUCCGAGUCGAAAUUGCCCGAUACUGUUUUGAAAUGCUGCGAAAACUUUAAGAAUCCGUCUCCAAUUCAGGCUCAUGCUUGGCCUUUUCUGUUGAAUGGGCGUGAUUUUAUUGGGAUUGCAAAGACUGGAUCAGGUAAGACUUUGGGGUACGGAAUACCAGCGGUAAUGCAUGUUUUGAGCAAGCGAAAGCAGCAGAAGAGGGCGGCGAAUCCUCUUUGUCUUGUGCUCGCCCCUACGAGGGAAUUAGCUGACCAAAUUUUUGUUGUUCUGCAAGAUGCUGGACAACCUUGUGGUGUGAAGUCAGUUUGCUUAUAUGGAGGAACAUCCAAGGGACCCCAAAUAUCUACUCUCAAGUCUGGUGUUGACAUUGUCAUUGCCACGCCUGGUCGAUUGAAGGAUCUGAUUGAAAUGAAUGUGUGCCACCUAACAGAAGUAUCUUUCGUGGUUCUUGAUGAAGCAGAUAGAAUGCUUGAUAUGGGAUUUAGACAGGAAGUUCGCUCCAUUUUGAGCAAGACAUGUUCUGCUCGCCAAAUGAUAAUGUUCAGCGCUACAUGGCCUAUAGAUGUUCAUAACUUGGCCGAGGAAUACAUGGAUCCUAACCCUGUUAAGGUAGUUGUAGGUUCAGAGGACACUGCUGCCAACCAUGAUGUCAUGCAAAUUGUUGAGGUCUUGGAUGAUCAUCACCGUGACAAUCGAUUACUUGCUUUGUUAGAAAAAUAUCACAAUUCUCAAAGGAACCGAGUACUAGUUUUUGCCUUGUACCAGAAGGAAGCUGAGCGCCUUGAUGGAAUGCUAAGAAAAAGUGGCUGGAAGGUUGUUUCCAUACAUGGAAACAAAGCACAAGAGCAACGGACUAAGGCACUAUCAUUGUUCAAAACGGGAAGCUGUCCUUUGAUGGUAGCUACUGAUGUUGCUGCUAGAGGAUUAGAUGUUCCAGACGUUGAAGUGGUGAUCAACUAUAGUUUUCCACUCACUACAGAAGAUUAUGUCCACAGAAUUGGGAGAACUGGACGGGCUGGCAAGAAGGGUGUUGCCCACACGUUUUUUACGCAUCAUAAUAAGGGACUUGCUGGAGAGCUAGUGAAUGUACUCCGCGAAGCUGGGCAAGUUGUGCCCGAUGCCCUUUUGAAGUUCGGGACUCAUGUGAAGAAAAAGGAAUCGAAGCUUUAUGGGUCUCACUUCAGAGAAAUAUCUGCAGAUGCUCCAAAGGCUAAAAAGAUCACAUUCAACUCCGACGACGAAGAUUGAAACCAUCUGUUCCACAACAGCCAACAAAGCUGUAUAAUUUCAGGAACAGCAUUCCUUCCAUCAGUUAAUUUAUAGGAAUUUUUGUUAUGAUAGUUAUGUACCAGUCUAGAUUAAAAUUUGAAAAAACAUUUUUUAAAUAGCUAAAAAACACACAUGUAUUUUGAUUUUUCUAAGAAAUUGGGUUAUAUUUGUUAUUUAGACCAAAGGCUGAUCAAGUUAAGAGAGGUUUAUUAGGAUGAA